UCCCACCUGUUUUGCUCGGACUGUGUUUGUGUACCUCCGUUCUCCCAGUACUGCCCUUUGACACUCGCUCCGUACAAAACCAAACCAAUCAGCGCAAAGAGCCAUUGUAGACUGUGAGACCUGGACCGCAGCAUCUCCAUCGCAUGUCUCAACCGCUUGACCGAACGAAUUCAACUGUUGCGCGAGGCAGACUCUAAGCGCCGGGGGUCUUCCACGAAGAAAGAGACACACAGUUUAAGCAAAACGUUUUAUUGAUAUUCCGUCGAAUUUAUAAUUAAGUGCCCGCAUUAAUUAAUUAAAAUACAUUAAACAAAAAUACACACAGACACAAGGGUUUGUUUUGGCACAGCGACAGUGGUGGCCAAAAUAUCACCACACAAGGGUUUGUUUUGGCUCAGCGACAGUGAUGGCCAAAAUAUUACGCCCAAGGGUCUGUUUUGGCACAGUGACAGUGGUGUCCAAAAUAACACGCCCUUCACAAAAACCCAAAACAAAUCUUUGCUUUACAUUUCGCUUCUUAUACGGGCAGCCUAUAGUGAUUCUGUGCUGCGAAAUGUGGAAGUCAAGUAGAAUGCCAGUAGAAUGAUGGUGCUCUGGCCUCCAAUCAUCCAUCUCCAGCUGACAUGCCUGCUGCUCCUCUCACAGUCGCGGUCCCUGAAUGCGUUAGAUGCCUUUGGUAUGAUGAACUACCAGACCACCAAGUACACACGACUCGACGAGCCCUGGAAGCAGCAGGAGGAAGUGCCGGCAGCUGUGGCAAACGAGGAUGCAGGGGAGGAGGAAAGCUACUUAAAGUUCGACGACGACGCUGAGGUGCUGCCGCCCGCCAACGAAGUGCUGCACGAGGGCGCCUUCUGUCGGCGCAGCUUUGACGGGCGCAGUGGCUACUGCAUUCUGGCCUACCAGUGUCUUCAUGUGAUCCGGGAGUAUCGUGUGCACGGCACCCGCAUUGACAUCUGCACCCAUCGGAGCAACGUGCCGGUUAUCUGCUGCCCCCUGGCCGACAAGCAUGUCCUGGCGCAGCGCAUCAGUGCAACAAAAUGCCAGGAGUACAACCCCGCCACGAGGCGCCUGCAGCUGGCUGAUGCUGGCCGAACCUUCUCCGGCAAACAGUGCGUGUCCAGCGUGCCACUGAUAGUGGGUGGCACACCCACGCGACACGGCCUCUUUCCACACAUGGCCGCCUUGGGUUGGACGCAGGGCAGCGGCGACAUCAAAUGGGGCUGCGGCGGCACCCUGGUCAGCGAGCUGUACGUCCUGACGGCCGCCCACUGUGCCACCUCGGGUAGCAAACCACCGGACAUGGUGCGCCUUGGAGCUCAGCAGCUGAACGUGACGAGUGCGGCGCAGCAGGACAUCAAGAUCCUGAUUAUCAUUUUGCACCCAAAGUAUCGUUCCUCCUCCUACUACCACGACAUUGCGCUGCUAAAGCUCACCAAGCGGGCGCAGCUGUCGGAGCUGGUGCGUCCCGCGUGUCUGUGGCAAGUGCCGGAGCUGCAGAUCAAGAGCGUCGUGGCCGCUGGCUGGGGACGCACCGAGUUCCUCGGCGCCAAGUCGAAUGUGCUGCGGCAGGUGAACCUCGAUCUCAUUCCACAGCUGCGCUGCAAGCAGAUGUACCGCAAGGAGCGGCGGCUGCCACGCGGCAUUAUCGAUGCGCAGUUCUGUGCCGGCUAUCUGCCCGGUGGCAGGGACACGUGCCAGGGUGACUCUGGCGGCCCGCUGCACGCUGUUCUGCCGGAAUACAAUUGCGUGGCCUUCGUCGUGGGCAUCACGUCCUUUGGCAAGUUCUGUGCGGCACCCAAUGCGCCGGGGGUUUACACUAGGAUCUAUAGCUACCUCGAUUGGAUAGAGAAGAUUGCGUUUAAGCAGCGAUAGGAGCUUAUAUUAUACAAAUUUAAACAGAUAUAAAUAACAGAUUACAUAGAGUAACGAAUUAUAUUCGAGAUUUCAACAAUUUGCGUCUGAAAAUCUUAAAUUUGUGCGCCAUAAAAUGUCGAACUAAUUGUUUAUUUAAUUACAUAAAUCUACCUGAGAUCCCAACUACAUAAUUUAAGAUAUUUAAUG